AUGAAUUAACAGCGUCGACUUUCUCCAGCUCCACAAAGUCCUAUCCAACGUAAUACGAUAAUCUCAUGUAUGAGUCAUUCUUAAAUUAGAACAUUCUAAUCGAUUUCAAUUCCUCUAAGUGACUCCAUCCACACAUCCUGUUUAAUAUGUCCAAUUGUAGAAUUGUAAGAAUCCUCCAUUUAAAUUUAGACAAUGAACCAAGAUAAAUCUCUAGAGAAAGAGAGAGCAAUCAAAUUCCCUAUUAAUAAGUUUGUCCAAAGGGAUUUUAGAGUCUGAGAUUAAUGAGUCAGCCUGAUGGUAAUUCGAGUAAGUCACCAGUAGCCCCAGUCAUGUAAUCUUCACCAAAUAUCAGACCUAAUUAAAACUCAAAUUCUCUACAAUAAUAUAUAGAUAAUGCUCUCAGAACCUAAAGAGAGGAAAUGCUAAAAUUAUUCGAAUAACAAAAUAAAUAGAUCGAUUAUAUGCAUCAAUAAUAGCAACUCAUCAUCUAAUAAUAAUAGUUGUAAUAAGAAAAGAAGAAAGAGCCUCUUAAUUUUGAGUCAUAACUCAAUCAAGUGAAGGAGCAACUCAAUUUUUAGAUUACUUAAACUUGUAGAGAAAUGAUCCAUAAAAUACAGAAACAAGAACAAACUGACUUCAAGGCUUUGCAAGUGCAAAUAGAGAAGUUGAAAUCUCAACUCUAUCAAAUUAACUUAUCAACUAGCAAACAGUCUGAUAGAUUGCAAUAAUCAUAUAGGGGCAAAGAGAAUGAAGCAGAAGAAUAUUAAUAUAAAAAACACAUGCCUUAACGAAAUUCCUUAGAUAAUUAUGAUUAAUAUAUCAAGAAAUACGAGUAGUUCAAUAAAUAGGUUAAUGAUUAUUUAAUUAAUCGAAAAAUACCUGAUCAUUUGAGUUCAAUACUCAAUUCCAGCAAGGAUUCGAAUAGUGAAAUUCAUGAAGUCGAAUAUAUCUCAUCAGAUUAUCCCCUUACUGAUAUCACAAACACCCAUAAUAUCAAAUAAAAUAAAUCAUAUUAAUCCCAACCCUUGUAACAAAUUGCAUAACCAUCCCUCACUUAAUAAUUCAUGACUCAAAAGACCACAACUUAAUCCAAUAACUAACCUAAUGAAGAUUCCCCUAUCAAAGCAUUGAAUGAAUAAAUGAUGAUUGAUAGUUUGGAUAACAUCAAUGUGCAUGAUCCAAAUAAUUUAUAAAUUACCAAAGAAGAAUUCGAUCAAUUAAAAUGUACAACUUUAAAAAUAAUAUAUUAGCUUAAAGAAUGUCAACCAUACAUGAAAACGAUGACGAAGAUGAGGAAUUAAUGUAUUAAGUUGAUGAAAACGGAUUCAUUCUGAGUUAAGAUGGACAUCCUUUGAUUGAUGAUACAGGAAAACGGAUAUAACUAACUAAAUAAGAGCUUCAAUUCUAUAAAAACAAAAUUAAUAGUUGAUAUAAUAUAUAUAUAUAAGGC